AUGUGUAUCAACCUAGACAAGAACAAGGUGACAAUCGGGAAACUCAGCAAGAUAAAGAAGAACAAGUCUGCAGCGAUGGACCUUACUCACAACUUUAUAGUGCUGACCUGCCUGCUGUUCCUCCACCCACUUAAGGUUGAAAAGGUGAGCGCUAAAGUUCUGGAGGAGACUUAUCGAAAGUGGGUUCAGUACAAAGAAGACUGUUUCAACACGAUAAGAAAUGAGUCACUGCCUCAAACGGGCUUGUUCUGUAACCGGACGUUUGACAGGUAUGCCUGCUGGCCAGAUACUCCUGCUGGUGUUAUGAUCAACAUCUCAUGCCCUUUCUACCUGCCCUGGUAUGACAAAGUGUCCCAGGGUGUUGUACGUAGGCGAUGUGGAUACGAUGGCCACUGGGAGAGAGAGGACAAUGGACAGGUGUGGAGGGAUAUGACACAAUGUGAGGAGGAAAAAGAGGUUGCGUCUCAGGAGCUGUGGUUCAAACAGUUAAUGGUGAGCUUCAGGAUGCUGUACACCGUUGGCUAUUCCUUGUCCCUCUUCACGCUUAUAACAGCUCUCAUCAUUCUUCUAAGCUUUAGGAAACUGCAUUGCACCAGAAACUACAUUCACGCUAACCUCUUCCUGUCCUUCAUCCUGCGAGCUGUAGCGGUCAUUGUUAAAGACACAAUGUUGGAACAUCACUGGGGAAGAGAAAUCAUGAAGCCGACUGAUGUGAGUGAGAUGCUCAGUCAUCAGGCUGCUGUUGGUUGCAGGAUAGCACAGGUGAUCAUGCAGUACUGUGUCCUGGCCAAUCAUUAUUGGUUCUUCGGAGAGGCUAUUUAUCUGUACUCAGUGCUUAUUGCUUCAGUCUUCAUUGACAGCAACAAAUACCUACUUUACAUCUAUCUCGGUUGGGGAACUCCACUGUUGUUCGUUGUUCCCUGGGUGGUGGCGAAGAUGUUGAAAGAAAACAAAGAGUGUUGGGCUGUCAAUGAGAACAUGAACUACUGGUGGAUUAUUCGUUUCCCGGUUCUUUUAGCUUCACUUAUAAAUUUUCUGAUUUUCAUGAAGAUCCUGAAGGUCAUAUUUUCCAAAUUGCGAGCCAUCAACCCAACUCAUUACACCGAUUACAAACUUCGGCUCGCCAAGGCAACUCUUACCCUCAUUCCUCUGUUUGGAAUUCAUGAGGUGAUUUUCGUCUUUGCUACAGAUGAGCAGACGACAGGCGUUCUGCGCUACAUCAAAGUGUUCUUCACACUUUUUAUCAGUUCCUUUCAGGGAUUUCUGGUGGCUGUGCUCUACUGCUUUGGCAAUAAAGAGGUGCAGGCAGAGCUAAAGAGGAAGGUGGGCAGGUGGAGAAUGGCGACGGAGACUGUAUGCUGUGGACAGUGA